CAGGCGCACUCCGGUAGCCUGCGACAUGAUAUACGGAAGCGUCGUACAUUUUGUACACCUUCACCCCCGCUUCUAUGGCCUCUGCUGGAAAACAUACCACCCAGGCGGAAAUCUCUUUCCAACCGUCACUAAAGAAUUGUUUCGUCAAUCUCCCAAGCUCCAUUGUCUCGGCAUUGACAAACAGCAACGCCGUCGUACAAAAUGUUAUAGUCGAGCUGUCAUUCAAACUGCCAGCCCCUACGGCCGAUCGGACGAGCACCAAACCUCCUAAUGUACAGAAGACAAUUUAUGUGGGAUGGACAGGAUAUCAGAGCAAGCGCAAACUUGCGCCUGUAGUUGGCAGUGAAGGACUAACUGGGGGUCGCGGGGGGGCAAUCAGAGAACCGGAAGUAUCCGUCGUCGAGAUUGACACCACCUUCGCACGACUUGUUGGGUUGAACGAUGGCAAGAAGAUCUCUAUUGCGCUACAUUUCGACGCACCUCAAGCACACACUGUAAACAUUGAGCCUCUGACACCAGCAGAUUGGGAGAUGAUCGAACUCCAUGCGCAAUUCCUCGAGUUGAACUUUCUUAAUCAAAUCCGCGCUUUACCGAAUCCAACUUUUGUUGCAGGUUCGGGACCAUCGCACAAUCGCCAUCCACUUACCCUACAUCUCUCCCCAACGACGACCGCGAACAUUUUAGUUUCAUCAUUAAUGCCUAUACCUUCGACCAGUACCCCAUUCGUCAAGAUCUCGAGUGAUGCUGAAGUAAUUGUAUCGCCAAAGACUCGACAGAAAGCAGAAAAAUCAUCAGGUAGGGAGAACAGGAGUGUUGCUAGUACCGGCCGUCGAAGUGCUGGUGGCAAAAGUGCAGCCAGCACCGUGAGGCGAAAGAGUGGUCGUGAAGAGGGUGCCGGGCGAGGGUUUAUCUUCCUGCGUGGUGUUAGUCGAACGUUAAGCAGGGACUGGUUUGAUGAGGAAGUAUCUGCAGACGAUUGUAGUUUGAACAUAUGGAUAGACGGUGACAUCCUCAGCUCAAAAGCUCUCAAAGGUGUCAUCUGGGUCACUGUUUCUAUAGUGAGACCUGCCGGACUGAAUGAACCGAGCGACCCACGAAAGGAACAGGAACCAGAAAAGCAUUCAUCCCGGGUUGUCGCACGGAUCCAGGAGUGGGACGACGCUCCGGACAGCCGACAUGCAGCACUAUCUUCUGCGCUCUGUGGUGCAUUAGGUGCUCCUGAACUCGUAGGUGGUUUAGUCCGCCUUGAGGCUGCGCCUGCUCCAUCCUCGGCGACCAGUAGAUCCCAGAGUGAUCCUGACCGGAGUGUGAAAGUCAUCCCUUUCAUCCCGUCAGGGUCCCAGCAAGUAGGUGGCUUGAAAUUUGGUGGCGAAACAAAGCAAGAACGUGAAGAUACCGCAAGAAGGAUCAAAGAUCUAUAUCGUCAACACAAUGGGAAAGGACUUCUAGAUGGGCCGCUUACUGAUGGUAUGAUCUUGCCCCCAAUUGCAGAGAAGGACCCGGCCUGGCAAGGAGGUAUAGUUAAGAUUGGUUCGAAUCAGCCAGGAGACAAGACGCAGCAAACAGUAUGGCUGACGGUACCCGCCGGGGCUUUCAACAUCGAUGUCCGACCUGGGGUACCGAAACCAUCAACAAUAUCGAAUGCCUGGUCACCAGCGGCACAGCUACCGUCUCUCAAGCCUACUAUGGUUGGCAUCGACAAGUUGGUCGCGCAACUUUAUUCCCAUCUCCUUCAGGCAUCAUCAAUCCUAUUGACCGGCGGACUUGGGGCUGGAAAGUCAUCGGUCGCGCAACUUGUUGCACAUCGCCUCCGACAAGAGCAUCUUGUCAACAUUCAAUACUUUCAAUGUCAUUCUCUCCUAACCGAAGAGAUCAGAGUUUCACAAAUUAAGGACACCCUUAGUCGACUUUUCGCCUCCGCGUCGUGGGGUGCUCGACUUGGGGGGCGUUCUCUAAUCAUUCUUGAUGACCUCGACCGACUUUGUCCGAUCGAAACAGAGCUACAAGUGGGCGGCGAGAAUGGGAGAAGCAGACAUAUCAGCGAGUGUGUCUGUUCAGUUGUGCGUGAAUACUGCAGUCGUGACUCAGGUAUAGUCCUUCUUGCGACGGCACAAAGCAAAGAAGCCGUGAACAACGUUAUAAUCGGCGGACAUGUGGUGCGAGAAAUCGUCAAUAUCAGCGCGCCGAAUAAAGAAGGCCGCCGGAAGGUACUAGAAAUGCUUGCUCAUAAAGAUACACGGCCAUCGAACAACCUGAAGAGUCAGAUGAAUGGUCACAGUUCAGACAGCGCUGGUCAGAGACACGAGAAUGCUAGCAAUGAGAGCAGACCAGACAUUCCCAAUGGCCCACGGAAAGAUGGUCUCACGGUUGACUGUACAAUUGAUUUCCUUGAUAUAGCAGGACAAACGGACGGUUAUAUGCCAGGAGACAUAGUGCUUCUCGUCUCCCGUGCCCGGAGUGAAGCGCUUAUACGGUCCACCAUCUCAGAUCACGAGAGAAUGCCUAACGGAUCGACUGUCAUUCUGACGACUGGAGACUUUACCAAGGCUUUGAAAGGCUUUACUCCUGCGUCGCUUCGAAACGUCACUCUACAGACGUCCACAACUCGUUGGGAUUCCAUUGGUGGUCUGCGUGCAACGCGACGAGUAUUACUUGAGACUCUCCAGUAUCCAACGACGUACGCGCCCAUAUUUGCUGAAUGCCCACUCCGCCUCCGAUCUGGCAUUCUCCUCUACGGAUACCCGGGCUGCGGUAAGACGCUUUUGGCUUCUGCUGUUGCCGGUGAAUGUGGGCUCAACUUUAUUAGCGUCAAAGGACCCGAGAUUUUGAACAAAUACAUCGGAGCUUCCGAAAAGUCUGUCCGAGAUUUGUUCGAGCGCGCCGAGGCUGCUCGACCUUGUGUCUUAUUCUUUGACGAGUUCGACAGUAUCGCACCAAAACGUGGGCACGACUCAACCGGAGUCACCGAUCGCGUUGUAAACCAGUUGCUCACUCAGAUGGAUGGCGCUGAAGGCUUGAGCGGUGUAUAUGUUUUAGCCGCUACAAGCCGUCCUGAUCUGAUAGAUCCGGCAUUAUUACGACCAGGACGUUUAGAUAAAAGCCUUAUUUGUGACCUACCUGGACUAGAUGAACGCACAGACAUCCUGUUCGCGGUAACAAGGAAUCUUCGUCUAUCACCCAGCAUCUUAACAAGCGGGACCGAAGGUGAAAAUCUGCGUGAGGUAGCAGAAAAGACUAAGGGCUACUCAGGUGCGGAUCUACAAGCGGUAGUGUACAAUGCUCAAUUAGAAGCCAUUCAUGAUGUCCUUGGAGAUCGAACAAACAGUCAACCAUCAAGAGGGAAAGGUAAAAUGGCUGCAAAUUCGAGGUCAAUAUCAAACUUCGGAAAAGGAAUUGCGGACUUCACGUAUUUUCGUUUCGGCGAUGACCUCAAUGCGCCGACGAGUCAGGUACGCUCUCCACCACUAUCCGAACGCGGUAUGAUAUCUGCAAGCAUAGCGUCAUUACAAGCAUCGCGACGCAGACAGAAACAGCAGCAAUCACCAAGCACAAAACGUCACGAUACCAAUACCGAGGCAGAGGCCCUUGAUUAUGAAUCAGACGGCGAACCCAUGAUAGAGUGGAAACACCUUAUUACUGCUUUACAGAACUCACGAAGCUCGAUCAGCACACAAGAGAGAAGUAGACUUGCAGCAAUAUAUCAAGAAUUUGUUGUUGGCCGCAACGGCGAGAUGCCCAACGGUCAAGGUGGGAAUGAGAUUGGCGGUCGAUCAAGCUUGAUGUGAUGGGAUGUAUAUAUCGAAAGCGUUAGCAACAUCAUCAACCAUGAAUGAGCAUCUUACCCUGUAGCUGUUCUGAGUCAUUCGCCAUAUAACAAAUGGGCGGCAGGCAGGGCUCUUCGGAGGAAUCGAAUCCGUAUAUCCAUAGUUACAUGAGUAAGCUUGGCGGGUGAUGUUCGCCCAUGUCACCAAUACACAC